AAGUUUACGAGCCGCUCUUGUUCCAGCUCGGCGCAGGCAGAGCGCUCUACCUCCCGGAACCCUCGCAGGAGCCAGACGCACCGAAGGAGCGCGACGGGGCUGCAGCCAGAGGACAGAGCCGGUGGACUUUACCCAAACUCAGCACGCCUCACGCGCGGCCAUCAGCUCAGCUUCUCCCCCCUCCCCUCCCCCUCCCCCCCUCACACACACACACACACACACACACACUUUGUUUCUACUUUGAAUUUCUUCAUGAAGUAAGUGUUGUCCGAGCUGCGCUGAGUUGCAUUCACUUUUAUUUCUUCACAAACAACAACAACAACAACAACAACAACAACAACAAAACGAUGAGGUCUGCUCCUGAAUCCUUCUGGAGGAUAAUCCGACUGGCUGCGACAGUGGCGCUCAUCUCGGCGUGCGGAGCGUCAGAGUACGAGUACCUCAGCUGGAAGUCGGACAUGUACACCGGCGGGCGCAGCUACGGCAAGCCUCCCCAGUGCGUGGACAUCCCGGAGGACCUGCGGCUCUGCCACAACGUGGGCUACAACCAGAUGCUGCUGCCCAACCUGCUGGAGCACGAGACCAUGGCGGAGGUGAAGCAGCAGGCCAGCAGCUGGGUGCCCCUGGUGCACAAGAACUGCCACCCGGGCACGCAGCUCCUCCUCUGCUCGCUCUUUGCGCCCGUGUGCCUGGAGCGGCCCAUCUACCCGUGCCGCUGGCUGUGCGAGGCCGUGCGGGACGGCUGCAUCCCCAUCAUGGAGGCGUUCGGCUUCCCCUGGCCGGAGAUGCUCACCUGCGACAAGUUUCCCCAGGACGAAGUGUGCAUUGCGAUGACGCAGCCCAAUUCGACCGAGGCCACCAAAGCGACAGGUUUCUCUCCCGUCUGCCCUCCGUGUGACAACGAAAUGAAAACAGACGCCAUGCUCGAGCACAUGUGUGCCAGCGAGUUCGCUUUCAAGACCAAGAUCAAGGAGGUGACGCGAGAAAACAUGGACCGCAAGGUGACCCUGCAGAAGAGGAAAAAGAUGUUGAAAGACGGCAACCUGAAGAAGAAGGACAUGAAGACGCUGGUGUUGUACCUGAAGAAUGGCGCGGACUGCCCCUGCCAGCAGCUUGACAACCUGGGGAACCAGUAUCUAAUCAUGGGCCGCAAAGUGGAUAAGCAGUACCUUCUCACAGGCAUCCACAAGUGGGACAAGUCCAGCAAAGAGUUCAAAAAGGCCAUCAAGAAACUCAAGACCUACAAAUGCCCCGCCUUUGAGAAUGUCUUCAAAUAAAAUGACCCCCGCCCCCACUUUUGGUCACAUCUCAUUCUACAUAUGAACUUGCACACGCAUUAAAAAUCCCAAACUUUGCUUUCUAUUUUCCUGUUUAUAUAUCGAUCUAUCUUUGUAUAUUUACAGAUGUUUGAAAUGUCCAUUAUUACGUUUUAAUUGAUUGUGGUGUGUGAUGACACCAAAAAAGGGUUGGGUUUCUUAUUUUUCUUCUUAAGAAAAGUUAAUCGUAGUAAAAGCCCUUCCUCACUGAAAUCAUUUUCAUUAUAUGUAGAUACUUUGUUACACUUUCAUUUAACAGGUCAAUGGAUUUUGCUUCAAGGGAUGGUUGGACAUUUUUGAAAAUACAAUUUUGCUUUAUUAGCUGGAAUAGAGUAUUGAUACUACUCUAAUGUUGGGACCAUCAAUCUGAAGCUAGCAUCAGCAGGCUGUUAGCUUAGCCUAGCAUAAGGACAAGAAGCAGGGGUAAACAGCUAACCUGGCUUGACUAUAGUACAAACCCAUGAAUUGUAGAGUUUUCUUUUACAGAUUUAACACAUUCCAUAAUGUUUUAAUUAGUUAGCUGUAGAGCUUCUGCGAGGCACACCAGAGCCCGUCUAGCUGUGUCUUCCUAAUGCAAAGCGUAAUGCUAUUUUAAGCUAACCAUCUGCAAGCUCUAGCUUCAUAUUUAGCCGACAAACAUGAACGUGGUAUUAAAUCUCUUAUCUCAGUAACAACAAUAUUAUUUUACAUCUCUCUCAUUGUGAUAAUGAAAUUAUGAAUCAUAAAACUAGUCAUUAGUCAACUCAAUUGGCAGUUGUAGGCACACACAGCGGGCGACAGAGCAGCGCCACAUCGGGUUCCAGUUGAAUAACUUAUUGACUACUUGAUGAGAAGAAGCCGCCUUCUGAUUGUCUUGUCAAACUUUUUGAUCAUCAUAAUUCUUUUGAUCAUUUCCUUUUCAUUUCUUCAUUUUAAUGUUACUUUUAUUUGUAUUUCUUGGAAUGUCUUAAGAGAAUAACCAAUCUGCAUCACAAACCAACAUGUGGGCCUGUGAGACAUGUUCUUCUUUUCUUGUUGCCGCGCUGUCACAUGACAUUUAGCUAAAUAUAUAUAUUUGUUAUCCAUUUCUGUCUCUCUACAUCCAGUCUAACUGCAGUAAUCAGUAUUCAAUGGUAAUGGGAAAUGUCUUGUAGUCACACAUGCUUAAAAAUGCAAAAUUUUUCAAAGUGCAAAUAUUUUCAACUCUUUUUUUUCUGUUUUGCUCAACGGUUGAAGGUUUUUUUAGUACUAUUUUGUUUCAAAUUUGAAUGUCAGAAGUGCAUUGCUGCCUAUUACAUGUACAUGUACAUACACAUUUUACAUAAAUAUGGAAAAGUG